ACACUUCACUUCACAAAGGAUACAUUUCGAGUGUAUCAUGAUUUCGAACCGACAUUAGGCGAGCUUUGAUUUCACUACAGACACAGAAGUGUGGCGACGUUAAUCUGUUGGAAACGGAAUCAAAUAAAGCCGAAGGUCUUGAAUAUUACAUUCCAAAGAACUUCAAGAUCGGCCUUGUGUUUCGAAGACAUUCAUCUACGUUUGCAAACGAGCAUGCUUUACAUUCUCGCCACGUUUUCUUUGUGCCACAGUAAGGCAGUUUAAAAUACAUCAUUAGCAUGAACACGCGUUUGAAUCGACCAGGUAUCUCUCUUUUGAAUAAAGGAACUGUUGUGUAACUUAACAAACAUAUGACAUCACAGAAGCUGUUAACAUCUGACAAAAUUUAAUACCUUUAUUAAAACACGACGUAAACGAACAGAGAAAAUAAAGGCUGAAAGCGUGGUACAGGACAUAUGAAAACAAGUGAAUAAUUCAUUAGUGUAGGGCGAAUAAAACGCGAGGAAGAAUUUCAUCCAUGCACGUGUUUUAUGACGAAAGAUAUGUAUAAUACCUUUCAGUAAAUUACCAUGGCAACGAUUAAUAUAUAACCACCGAUUUUAAUCUUCGUAUGUUAUUUCAGUCACCCAUAUGUAUGCUACCACGGUGAAGCUGUGCCGAUUGUAGAUUUUUGCUAACACGAGUACUUUUUUGGCGACUUGCGUGCUGGGUUAUAAAAGUCGGUAUUAAUCACCUCAUAAAUUCAUCACGAAUUCAGACGCUAAGUGAUACCAUAAAAAUUUAACAGUCCACUAAUAAUAAAAAGCAUUUUAUUUCAGGAGUGUUGUUUUUACUAACCGUCCUUUCAAUUAGCUUUUGCUGUAAUGGGGCAUUAAGUAAAUGUGUCAACGUUCUUUGAAAGCUCAAUAUUGUGUUGCGAUAUAUGCCUAUAUUCAUUACUCUACUGACGAAGUACAUGACUGACUUAUCAGAAGAGAAUAAGGUGAUAAUGUAGGCAAUGUUUCACAACGAAGCUAAUUAUAUUCUCAAAUUUUGGAUAUCUGAACAUUUCAAAACUUAAAAUUAUUUUGUGUUCUGUUUUAACACUCUUACAGAAAACAUAAAAACGCAUAUUAAAUAGUUUUUUGUUCUAAUUUAAUUGAAAAUGUUGCAGAUCUUAGUAAAUCGUGCGUAAUCCGACUACAAGAACUCAAUUUUUGUGCACAAUUUUUUUGAAGUUUAACUGAAUAAUUUUUAAGUUAGGAGUAACUUCAAAAUUGUCCAUUCCAUUCAACAUUUAACAAAAAUACAUCUCGAUAAUAAUGAAAGUGAGGAAGAGAGUGAUUAAUUAGAACUUAUGACCGCGUCCAACUUUACACAAUUUAAACGGUGGUUUCAGACAGAUUCAUUAUGCACUCGAAACUAAGAAAGUGUCGGCGAAGUCCUCGUGCAUCAAGCUGAUGAGACAUGAUACGAACAUGAAUGAACAAAGUGACAUCAUGAUGCAGUAACAAUGGGCCGGCUGUGGUCGCUGGUACUACUGCCCGCCAUGUUACUGACCACCCUGUGGUCCUUGAGUGGUGUCAAAAGUCACCUGAACCUGUUCAUUAGCCAGGAAGAGGUCAGGAAGCUACUAGGCUUGCAAGCGGAGCUAUUCUACGUGCGAGAGGGCGUGGUCAACACUUACGCGAUGAACUUCGUAGUGCCAGUACCAGCGCACAUCUCUGAGCUCGAGUUUUCGUGGCAAUCUCUCACGAAAAACCCGCUGCCGUAUGUCCUAUCCAUCGACUACGGGAACCACGAGGCACUGAGCCCCCCACAGCUCAACAUUUCCAACAGGGGGCUCGUACCGACCCGGAUACAGACGUUCAGGGUUCGGUUCCCGUGUACGGGGCUACAGAGCGCAGAAAUUGAGGUACUACUGCAACUGAACAUCAGCACAUACAACCCUCUGCACAACGAGACGUCCCUCAACUUCCGUAGGAACAAGAUCUGCCUGAAACAAGACGCAACUCCACGAAAUGACUCAAUACGUCUGGAUCCAGGCUCGCUAGUGACGUCUAGCGGUACCUUCUACGUAGCUGUCGGCUGUGCGUGUGUCAUGAUCGUUGUAGUGAUUGCUGUAACAUCUGUUGUCUACGUGAAAAGCAAGAAAGCGAGAACCCAAGAAUCUUUGCACACAACUUACACCACCGCUGCUUACGGUAGUAACCCGAAUGUAUUCAUUCGCCUGGAUUCCAUCGGGCGCGCUGGUAGCGUGGGAAGUGGAAGUUACGCAACAAUAGCAAGUUUCCACAAACUUCCGCUGCCACUGUCACGUCGAUCGUCACCUUCGCCUUGUCCAUACGCCACUACAAAUAUCGGAAGCGCCACUUAUAUUGCAUCCACCAAUGGGAGCGGUCGGUACAGCCACCACAUCUACUCCAAACCGGCGUCAACGUACUGCCCUUCUCGAGUGUCAUACUACGCAUCGUCUCAGCUCACACAUCUAUCCCAGGUUACGCUGCAUGACCCACGUCUGCUGGAUCCUACUAGUCGUCUGCGCGAUCUAGCGACGCCACGAAGAACUAUCAUGCCUCAAACUCUUCUUCAGGAAGGAACUUUCGGGAGGGUAUAUAGAGGCGAAUACAUUGACGAAGAGACGGAAACACACACCGACGUGCUCAUCAAAACGGUGUCAGACCAAGCCUCCAAGCUACAGGUGACGCUCAUGCUGGCAGAAGGUACCAUGCUGCAUGGACUGUCGCACAAGAACGUUCUGUCUGUCCUGGCCGCCAGCGUGGACAACCUAAAGCAGCCCCUUCUUGUAUACCCGUACUCCAAUAAAGGCAACCUGAAAAGGUUCUUGCACAACUGCCACCAGAGAGGAGAAGAGCAAUACACGCUGCUCACGCAAGACAUCGUGGACAUGGCGAUACAGGUGGUGAUAGCCAUGUUGUUUUUGCACAGCCAACGAAUUUGCCACAAAGAUCUGGCCACGCGCAACUGCGUGGUGGAUGAGAAGCUGAGGGUACGUGUAACAGACAACGCCCUGUCACGGGACUUGUUUCCUGCAGAUUACUAUUGCUUGGGUGACAACGAGAACCGACCCAUCAAGUGGCUGGCCACAGAGAGCCUCCUUCACAAGCAAUUCACAGGCGCCUCAGACGUUUGGUCUUUUGGAGUUCUGCUGUGGGAACUGACAACACUGGCACAGCAGCCAUAUGUGGAAGUGGACCCCUUUGAGAUGGCAGCCUAUCUGCGAGAUGGGUAUCGUCUCUCACAGCCAAUCAACUGCCCUGACGAACUGUUUGCACUGAUGGCAUGCUGCUGGCUUGGAGUGCCUGAGGAAAGGCCCACAUUUGUCCAGCUUUUGGCCUGCCUACAGGAGUUUUACACGGCCCUCGGCUGCUACAUAUAAAGCCGCGUGUAAUGAAGAACCUGAUGCACAGUUCACCAGUCACUAACAACUAUGGGUUUACCGUGUAAGAAUGGUGACCCACCUCAUACUCACAAUUUAGGCUUUCCAAACAUUGCUCUAUACCAGUUCUAUACUCUGAAUCUGUUCAGAGUAUAGAAAUGGAUAGAAGACAACUGUACACCCUGUUUCUAGUUCAUACCUUGAGAUUUUACAUAGCAAAAGUCUGUCUGCAUGUCUGUGCAGCUGUAUGUUACAACAGUUGAUUAACUGUCCUGCUUCAUAAACCAGGAGGACUAGUAGUAUCUUUUACAGUACAAAUAAUAGUCUAAGAUCUCUUACAAUCGAGGCUAAACAUUUAUAGCAUAAAAUUAUUUAUUUAUUAAACAAAAUUUAAAUAAUAUGCUGGAUCAUAGACAUUUUGUGACCUACAAGCUUGUAAUAAUAAAUGUUUUGUAUUAAACUGAAAACAAAAUCACCCAAUAUAUUAGUGUAGACUUUAAUAAUUCAUUUGGGAAAUAUUAUUUUUGAGAUUAUACAGACAGACAUACAGAGAGGCUGGCUGACAGUAUAUCCCUAUUAUUAUUUAAAAGUAUGCACUUCAUGUAAGUGCAUAAAACACCGAAAGUAAAAUUCAUUUUCAGAUUUAAGUAAGUUACUGAAGCUUCCUGAAAAUUGUAACACUGGUUCUCAAUUUUAAUUAUGCCAUAUGCUUCUUCCUUAAGAAGAGUGAAUUCCAGAAAUCCUUUCUCUUGUAUCCCUUUCUAUCAUUUUAGAUAAACAUUUAAUCUGUGACAUUUCUGAUGCAGCUAAAUCUAUGUACAAUGUUGGAUGACAAUUACAAAUCAUUUCUGUUUUAAAACAGAGAAACCCGAUUAUACAAGACUCUCAAUAACAGAAUUUGAACUUCCUAUAAAAGUAGCAUUGAAUAAAAAGGACAACACUACAUGUCGUACAUGGUUUAUUGUUGUGAAUUAUCUUAAAAGUCAGGUAAAGAACCUGCUGUUAUUAAAUGUUUUCAGUGAAGAUUCUAAAACUUUUAUGUGGUCACUCCCCUGAUGCGCUACGCUUCAUCAGGUCUUAAAGUAAAGCAAGAUGAUUCACUAUAAAAUUUGGCUGCAUUUCUUAACUCAUUAUAACAUUCUAGUGAUAUCUUGUUAUAAUUUUAAAACUGUCACAGUGGGAAUUCCCCUUGUUGUAUAUGUGGUGUCCCCUUUUGUACAUGUGGUGCUGAGGUGCUAAGUGUUUGUGAGAGGGUGCAUAACGAACCAAGGGCCUCAAGUCUGCACCACAAACUCAUAUGCUCUGAGAAUUAAUGCGUUUUAUAACUCAGAAAACUACAUAAACACCAAUCAACAUGACAAAGAGAUUCUAUAAACAAAAAAGUGUGAUUUAUAUAUUUAAAAAUUUUUACCAAAGAGUAGUUCAUAUUGCAACAUUUUCAUGUAGAGAAAUAUUUUAUACACAGACAGAAUAUAAAAUAAGUGAAAAACAAAAUUUAGGUGCUCAUAUCAAAAUAUUUAUAGUUUUAUUAUUAUUUAAUUAUAAAUGUAGAGAUAAGUCCACAUUAAAAAUCUUUGAAUUUGGAAUCAUACAAGAUGGUGGGUGUGUAAGAAUUCAUUGUGUAGAGUGAGACAGCUAUAAGGAUGCAAUGUUUAGAGUUGCUUCCACUUUUUAUGAAUGGUAAUGCUGAGAAUAUUACACACGAUUGAUUACCAUUAAAAGUUUUGAACUAUACUGCUGAGCAUUUAUUUCAGUAUCAAUGUCUUAAGUCAAACAUCACAUGCAUCAACAGUAGCAACUUAGCACACUUGUUAGAGGAAGUGCGGAAAUGUACAGAACAAUGGUACCAGACUGGCUCUGGUUGGUUGCUCUCACCACACAAUAAUCAAUGCUACAGCAUAACUAUCACCUGCUAACUUGAAUGAUUUUUCGUUACCAACACUCACGAGUCUUAAAAGAAGAUGGUUCCUUCCUUGUGACACUAUGUGAACCUGUCCAUUUCCUGUCUCAGUUACAAAUAUGUACUUAAGCAGUUUUUUGUGAAAUUGGAUACAAAUAUAUUGUUGUACUCCCUCCAUCUUGGUAUUAUUAAUUUAAUUUAUGUUUUUCAGCAAUAAAUUACAGUCAUUGCAUUCACUUUUCAAAUUGUGCAGAGGCACAGAAUGUUCUGUUUCUCAGAUCCCACAUGAUUAUUUGAUAUCACAUGAUGUUCAUGUAUUGCAUAUGUAAAUCUGUUAUCACAAGCUGAUUACGCUGCAGUCAUCAUAGUUUACAGUGAACAAUUAUUCCUUAUAUUUUGUUAUACUGAAAAAUGUGUGAAAUAAAAAGUACUGAAGUCUUUCUUAUAAGCCAAUAUAACUCAGGCAGUAUAGCGCUUAGUUAUAAGUUAAGAGUUCUAUUCCAGACAGGGACACAAAACUUUCUCGUGUGCAGACCUACUCUGGGGCGAACCCAACUGCUCUCCACUGACUCUUUCACUGUAGCUGAAGAGAUAAACUGCCAGUCAUAGUGGUCAUGUGAUCUGAGGCAUGGGCCUGGUGCACUUGGACUAUGGGUUUGAAUCCCACUCAAGGCUUGGAUGUUUGUCCGCGUCUUUCUGUGUUGUGCUGUCCUGUGUACAAGUAGAGGCCUCGCGACAGACCGAUCGCUCAUCCGAGGGGUACUACCAAAUGUUGAAAUAGAUCAAGUGACCUCCGAAAGAGGUGGCCAAGACCUACACUGGGUUGUAGAACCAAAGAUUUGAUGAGAUGAAGUGAUAAAGUGUGAAUGUGGUCACCGAACCUAUCUAAUGCUGGUGUUAAGAACGGAUUAAAUGUUGGUAGUACCUCCAAAAUUUUCCUUCAGUACUCACUACAUACCUCAUUAAUAUCAAACUCUAACAGAAUUCCUUGGAAUAUUUCAGACAUGAAACAAAUGGACAGAAAGAUUGUUAAAAAUAAAAGAAACCUACCUCAUGUUUGGUCAACAUUUAAAACAUGUUAAUCAAUGCUGUGUUGGUAACGAGCAACAAAACUGAAAGAAUAUUUGCUGUGGACAUAUCAUAAAUAUUUUUGUUCUGGGUACAAAACAUGAAGCAGUUGAUAAGACAUGCUUCUAGUUGAAAUGAGUUCACAUUUGUUAGUGCCAUUUUCCUUUGACUUAAAAAACAUAUUACAUACACUCUUUUCACAUGAAAAUAUCUUUCGUUAUACUUUUAGCAUAAAUUUAUUUGGUAUCUGCACACUGCAGUAGUAAUUUUGGCUCAUCUAAUUACAGCUUGGUUUAUGCAAUGGGACAACAAAGCUAGUAUUCAUUUUUCAAAGAACAUUUUGCAUGACAGUACUCACUGCAUUGUUAUGUAUGCACAUUGCUUAUAUCAUGCAUACAAUGGAGAAAUAACAUUAAUGAAGUGAUCUUUGUAAUGGAGACAUCUCGUAUGGACACCAAAUAAUACACAAAACAACACGACGUUUAAUCAUACA